AUGUCACCGUUACCCGUGCCACACACACGGCCUGUGUCCUUGUCCACUGGUUCUUGCGUGACAAUCAAAGGAACACCGAUCCUCCCUUUCAUCAAUGACCCACAGCUGCAGGUGGAUUUCCACACUGAGACAUGUGAGAAGUCAGACAUUGCCUUCCACUUCCGAGUGUACUUUGGCCAUGUUGUGGUCAUGAACAGCCGUGAGUGUGGGUCCUGGAAGUCUGAGAUGAGAUGCAGCAAUGUGCCCUUUGAGGAUGGCAAACAGUUUGAGCUGUGCAUCUCCGUGUUGGACAAUGAAUACCAGGUAAGUGUCAAUGGCCAGCACUGUUACAGCUUUCCUCAUCGCUUCCCGCCAUGCUAUGUGAAGAUGGUGCAAGUGUGUAGAGAUAUCUCCCUGACUUCGAUGUGUGUCUGCAAUUGA